CCACCAUUUCUGACCUUUGAAGUAAUUGUCACGAUCGCUCCGCCGCCCUCAUACAUCCAUUCGUUGCAAAACUGCAAGCCAAUCAUAGAGACAGAAAGGGGGAAGCCAUAAUUUAUCUCAACAAAACUUAGAGAAUAGAAAGUAAAAACCUUUUCGCCUUCUCUCUCGAAUCUGCUUCUCAAUCCCUCGAGUUUCCCUGAUUCGAGGGUCACGUCCUACAUCCUCACCCAUUUCUUUGAGUCUUUCUUGCUCGUUGGCUUAAGCCUUAAUUUCAUCGACUUUGUUCGCUUUGAAACCUCUUCGAUCGUGAUCCCUCAGAGACAAGAAGCGCGUAGCUUCUUUCCGGGUAUAGCUAUUAAUUGUAUGAAUAUUUGGUGCAAUCGGGAAAUCGGCGGUUCCGAUCGAAUUUUAGGGUUUCUUUUGAAGCGGAAUGCAACUGCUACCGAAAAGCGAGACAAUAGAGAUCCGCGAAGUAUGGGCCGAGAAUCUCGAAGCGGAGUUCGCCCUGAUCCGAGGGAUCGUGGAUGAAUUCCCGUAUGUGGCGAUGGACACGGAGUUCCCCGGGAUCGUUCUACGUCCCGUCGGGAACUUCGGGUCCAACUGCGAGUACCACUAUCAGACCCUAAAGGACAACGUGGACGUGCUCAAGCUGAUCCAGCUGGGGCUCACCUUCUCCGACGAGCGCGGCAACCUACCCACCUGCGGGACCGGCCAGCACUUCAUCUGGCAGUUUAAUUUCCGGGAGUUCGAUCCCAACUCGGACGUCUUCGCCAACGAUUCCAUCGAGCUCCUUCGCCAGAGCGGCAUCAAUUUCAUGUUGAACAACGAGAGGGGCGUCGAUGCAGUGCGCUUCGGCGAGUUGCUAAUGUCCUCCGGCGUCGUCUUGAACGACAGCGUCCACUGGGUGACUUUUCACAGCGGGUAUGACUUCGGGUACUUGCUCAAGCUUCUGACGUGUCGGAAUCUGCCGGAUACGCAGGCGGAGUUCUUUAAUUUGAUUAACAUGUAUUUUCCGACGGUGUAUGAUAUCAAGCACUUGAUGAAGUUUUGCAAUAGUUUGCACGGUGGGUUGAAUAAGUUGGCGGAGCUGUUGGAGGUGGAGCGAGUCGGGGUUUGUCACCAGGCGGGUUCGGAUAGUUUGCUCACGUCGUGUGCCUUCAGGAAGUUGAAGGAAAAUUUCUUUAGCGGUUCCCUGGAGAAGUAUGCUGGUGUAUUGUACGGUUUAGGUGUCGAGAAUGGGCAGAAUACUCUUUGAAAAGAGAAACAAAAAUAAAUAAACAAGAGAUGAAGAGAUUAGAAUCAUGUGGUUUUAGCUGUAUGCUUGUCUCAUAUAUACACAUCUCUAUUGUGCAGUUUUGGCAACAAAGUUUCUUAAUUUUAGGGAUAUUUUAUAUUGGAUA